AUGACUGCAAUUAACAUAAAAGUGGUGUGUGUGGGAGAUGGAAAUGUGGGCAAGACAUGCAUGUUGAUGGUGUACACUUCAAAUGAGUUCCCAACGGAGUAUGUUCCAACUGUGUUUGACAAUUUUGUGGCUAAUAUUGUGGUUGACAAAAAGAAAAUCAAUCUCGGACUAUGGGACACCGCCGGGCAAGAGGAAUACACCUCCUUACGACCAUUGUCCUAUCCUCAAACUGACAUCUUUGUCUUGUGCUUCUCUGUGAUAUACAAAUCAUCAUACACCAACGUUCGAGAUAAGUGGUGCAAAGAGGUCAUCCACCACUGCCCGACAGCCAAAUACAUGGUUGUUGGAACGAAGUCUGAUUUACGUGAAGACCAAAAAACUCUUGCAGAGCUCGAGAGCGCUGGAGAGAAACCGUAUACUUACGAGGAAGGCGAGGACCUUGCAAAAGAUAUAAAUGCGCUGUGUUAUAUGGAGUGCUCUGCACUCAAAAACACGGGGCUUGACGAUAUAUUUCAACAAGCCGUGCGCUUUACUCUUGAAAUCCGUGAGGCGCUCAACGAUUCAAAGGCAAAAGGUACCAACAAGAAAAAGUGUGUUUUGCUGUAA